AUGAAACUCAUCCUCUCUACCUCCAACCUGCUGGACGCCGGCUCGUCCAUCCGCCGCGACCCUACACAAAAGUCCAACGCCGAGCUCGUAUCUUCCUUCCGCGCAAAUUUCGCCGCCCACUCCCACCCUCAGACCAACGGCAGCAGCAGCAAUGGCGUGUCCAAACAGCCACCCUCGCGGACGAACUACAAAGCCUGGACCCACAUGGCUCCCGAUGGUCGGCAGGAACUCGAGUGCCCGAAGCUCGACUUUGAGCACUCGGCUUUGCAAGAAGAGCGCGAGCAGUACGAUAUUACUGUGAAGCUCUUCUACUUGCCUGGAGCACCCACAGAAAACCGCGCCACGCAGACGAAGGAGGCGGUGAAGCUGGUGUUGAAGGAGCUGCACAUGCCUUCAAUCGACCUACUGAUCAUCUCGUUCCCCGGUAUCUACUUCGAUGAAGAGGAGGACUGUCCAGACAAGAUAUCCACGCGAGGGCCUGUGGAAGCUGAGCCUGAGCCGCUGGAGAGCCAGAUCGAGACGUGGAAGACAUUGGAGGCGUUGCAUGAGGAGGGCGUGGUGAAGAAGCUUGGGAUUGCGGAGUUUGGGCACGACCGGCUGGUGUCGUUUCUGGAGAGGACGACUAUCCGGCCGAGCGUGGACCAGAUCAAUCUGCGAGAUUGCUGUAGUGUCCCGAAAAAGCUAUUGGUGCUAGCGAAGUCGAGAGGCAUUGAGCUGCUGGUUCAUAACGAUUCUUCCAAUGUGCUGCCACGAGGGACUUUGAGGGAGCUACUUGGGCCUGGCGAUGAAGGCGCUGGGGUACUGGCGGAGCCGACAAAGACAGGGGAGAAAAGGAAGAGCUUGCAUGGGGAGCAGGUGAAGAACGGCGACGCGGAUGGUGAAGGACUAAAGGGAGAAGUGCAGCCGCUUUGGGUGGUGAAAUAUACGGCUGUCGUGAAGAAUCGAGGCGUGGUGGAGAACAAGGGAUACUUUGCUGUGGCGGAGCUGUCGGGUUGA